GGGGGGGGGGGGGGGGGGGCAAGAGACCCCGUCGCGUUUUGACCCUCCGAAACCUCCCCGCGCACCACCACCAUCACCACCAUCACUCCUCCUCCUCCCCAUCCUCCUCCUCCUCCUCCUUCUUCUUCUUCUCUCCUCGUGAGACUGAAAACACCAUCGCUCACUCCCACCCCUGACACUCUCCAGCCUGUCGCCGUAUGCUGCGCGGACAGCGAGCGCAAGGAGCCAAAAAGGAAGGAAGGAAGGAAGGAAAGAAGGGACGCUUUCUGUCUGUCCUCCCACAGCACCGAGCAUCUCUACGGACCGCCAGCCGGAGCAAGAGGUACACCAGGCGGGGGCGAAGCGCUGCAGGAGCCGCUGCUGCCUUUACAACCGGAUCUCUGGACUAGUCCGAGCAGGACUGGAUACAGCGGAUAUUUACAUCUCGGUGGGACAUUUUACACCGUUCACCGGAGGACCCAAGGGGGCAGAAGGAAGGGAGCAAAGCUCGCUGCACUAGCCGAGCCGCGCAUCAUCAUCUCCGGUGUAGGACUGGCUGUCGAGUCGCAUGGAGAAGAGGUAUGAAGAGCUGGUGCACUACUCAGGGUCGGAGGCCAUGUCGGUGGGGGGGUACGGGGACGAUGUGAGGCCGUUUCCUCCCCCACAGUACGGACCCGCCAUCCCCGACUCCCUCAAGCACCACAAAGACCAGAUCUAUGGUCACCCACUGUUUCCACUGCUGGCCUUAGUGUUUGAAAAGUGCGAGCUCGCCACCUGCUCCCCUCGGGACUCCGCCUCCAUGUCAGCCACCUCCCACCUCCCCGGCAUGACCAAUCACAGUGACGUCUGCUCCUCCGAUUCCUUCAACGAUGACAUCGCCUCGUUUGCAAAGCAGAUACGUUCAGAGAAACCCAUCUUCUCUUCCAAUCCUGAGCUGGAUAACUUGAUGAUCCAGGCCAUUCAGGUGCUCCGCUUCCAUUUGCUGGAGUUAGAAAAGGUGCACGACUUGUGUGAUAACUUCUGCCAUCGCUACAUCACCUGCCUGAAGGGCAAGAUGCCCACAGACCUCAUCCUGGACGAGCGGGAGGGCGGCUCCAAGUCGGACAUGGAGGACUUCACUGGAUCCUGCUCCAGUCUUUCAGAGCAGAAUGCAUCAUGGUUGCGGGAGCCAGACGAAUGCGCCACCACUCCUCUGGGAACACCGGGCACCUGUGGCCUGCCUUCACUCAGCGCAGGAGACAACUGUAGCGACACAGGAGACGGUCUGGACGGAGCGAUGGCCUCCCCGAGUACAGGCGAGGACGACGACUGUGACAGAGACCGGAGGAACAACAAGAAGAGAGGCAUCUUCCCCAAAGUGGCCACCAACAUCAUGAGAGCGUGGCUCUUCCAGCAUCUGUCGCACCCGUACCCGUCUGAGGAGCAGAAGAAGCAGCUGGCACAGGACACCGGACUGACCAUCCUACAGGUCAACAACUGGUUCAUCAACGCCAGGAGGAGAAUAGUUCAGCCCAUGAUCGACCAGUCAAAUCGAACAGGUCAGGGUGGUCCCUACAGCCCAGAGGGGGCAGCUCUCGGAGGCUACGGGCUGGACGGACAAGCCCACCUCGGGCUUCGAGCAGCAGGUCUCCAGGGGAUGUCUUCUCUGCAGGGCGACUACCCCGGCGCUCUGCUGUCCCAGUCGGGCUACCCUCCCCACCCGGGACCCUCCCUCCACCCCUACCCUGGACCUCACCCCCACCCCGCCAUGCUGCUACACCCGCCGCCACACGCACACCCUGCAGAGCCGCUCCUCGCUCAGGGACUGGAUAUACACGCACACUAGCUGAGGGAGGGAGUCAGGAUGUGUGUGUGAGCAUAAUACUGAAUGAGUGUGUGUGCGUUGAGAUACAGUAUAUAUGUAUGUGUGUGUGUGUGUGUGUGUGUGUGUGUGUGUGUGUGUGUGUGUGGGUGUGUGUGUGUGUGUGUGUGUGGGUGUAUGUGCAUACAGAACACUAUUUAAAGAAAAAAAGACAAAUUGCUCUGAAGGUUUACAUUCCCCACUGAAAGACACUGACCUCAAUGUAGCUAACACACACACACACACACACACACACACACACACACACACACACACACACUCUCAGUCUAGACCCACAGGUUAAAGCCAUACCUCUGUCAGAGUAGAAGUGCUUCCUCCUCUCCAAACGUCUCCACUGUGUCCUGUGGGUGAGACACACAUGCUUUAAAACUACACUUCCCAUCAUGCCGGCUGAUACAACAGGAAGACAGUCAACCAGAUCGGAGAAGAUUUAUCCGCAGACUUUGUUGCAGCACACGAGACAUUACCGGAUUGGACCUGAUCCUGUGAACACGCCUUCUUCUUCACUCCUCCCCGUCUUCCUCAACACUUUGACUUCCACACCGUCUCACACACACACACACACACUUUAUUUAAAGCGGAUUUUUGAGUUUUUUCUUAUUCUAUUUUUCUAUUUAUGUGUGCCGCUCCAGGCCGAUGCAGCUUCACGUUAAGCUUGUUGAAAUAUUAGUGCUCUUCCUCAGCAUGAAGCUAAACACUAUGAAUGACUUCCAUUCUGCCUCGCUCUCUUACCACUGACCUCCUUAAGAUGCCAACAGGCGUCCCGUACCUUCGAUCCUUUCUACACUCGCACACACACACACAUUACAUGCUCACACAUAGCAAAACACACUACACUGAAGGCCAUUUACACACACACACACACACACACACACACACACACACACACACACACACACACACACACACACACACACACACA